ACACAGAGAUCGGUAUACUCGACGUGCCUAUUACUCGCCUCUCCGCUCUCCUUCCGGCCGCACUGCAACUUUUCACAAUCGCCAUUGGUCGACUCGGGCGGACGUACACCGAGACGGCUUGAGAAUCGCGUGUGCUCGGCCUGUGGAAAUUCGAUUUUUAGUGGUCUAGAGUCAUGAUAAAAUGGACCACUUGACAAUUGCAUUGCACGCGCACGUAUAUCCAUGUAAAAACGAUUCGCGCACCUAUUUUUACUCCAAAGUUCAAACGUAACCAUAAAAUCACUAAAGCUUACGGUAUCUAGUAACAAAGCGAAAUCCCUAUAGGUAGGCUGCGGCAGUGACAAGCAUUUUCAGGAGGCUAACUCGAAAAGUGUAUUGUUUAUACGAGUUAUCUCCAUAAAAACCUAAAAGUCUAUGAAUCAUUGAAUAGAAUAGAAGUCUCGAGCACUUUUUGGAUUAAAAAACUCAAAAUGACGUUAACAAACAAGAUGGAGAUCGAUGAGAAAACCAUGAAAGGUGAAGGUUUCAAACCUUAUUAUAUUCAAAAAAUUGAGGAACUGCAGCUUAUUGUAGCUGAAAAGAGUCAAAACCUUCGUCGUCUACAAGCACAGAGAAAUGAACUCAACGCGAAAGUACGUAUGCUUCGUGAAGAGCUACAGCUUUUACAAGAACAAGGUUCUUAUGUUGGAGAAGUAGUCAAACCUAUGGAUAAAAAGAAAGUUCUUGUAAAAGUUCAUCCAGAAGGCAAAUUUGUAGUUGACUUGGACAAAAAUAUUGACAUCAAUGAUGUUACUCCGAAUUCCAGAGUUGCUUUGAGAAAUGAAAGCUAUACUUUGCACAAAAUACUGCCAAACAAAUUAGAUCCUCUUGUGUCCCUUAUGAUGGUGGAAAAAGUUCCAGACUCUACAUAUGAAAUGGUAGGUGGUCUCGAUAAACAAAUCAAGGAAAUCAAGGAAGUCAUUGAACUCCCAGUCAAACAUCCUGAAUUAUUUGAUGCUCUUGGUAUUGCUCAACCCAAAGGAGUACUUUUGUAUGGACCACCUGGUACUGGCAAGACUUUGUUAGCAAGAGCAGUAGCUCAUCAUACAGAAUGUACAUUUAUAAGAGUAUCCGGUUCUGAACUUGUACAGAAGUUUAUUGGAGAGGGAUCAAGAAUGGUUAGAGAACUUUUUGUCAUGGCUAGGGAACAUGCACCAUCCAUUAUUUUCAUGGAUGAAAUUGAUUCAAUUGGCAGUUCUCGUAUUGAGUCUGGUUCUGGUGGUGAUAGUGAGGUUCAACGUACCAUGUUAGAACUAUUAAAUCAACUAGAUGGUUUUGAAGCUACAAAAAACAUCAAAGUCAUUAUGGCAACAAACAGAAUUGAUAUUCUAGAUCCUGCUCUUUUGCGUCCUGGUCGUAUUGACCGUAAAAUUGAAUUCCCACCUCCAAAUGAGGAAGCCCGUCUUGAUAUUCUAAAAAUUCAUUCAAGAAAAAUGAAUCUUACUCGUGGUAUAAACUUAAGGAAAAUUGCUGAACUGAUGCCUGGUGCUUCUGGUGCUGAAGUAAAGGGUGUAUGCACAGAAGCUGGUAUGUAUGCUUUGAGAGAACGUAGAGUUCAUGUUACUCAGGAAGACUUUGAAAUGGCUGUUGCAAAGGUUAUGCAAAAAGAUUCCGAGAAAAACAUGUCGAUCAAGAAGUUAUGGAAGUAAUUAAAUCGAGAUUUGUAUUAUUUUGUGAACUGUAGUUUAAUAUAAUUGUUGCAAACAUUUUAUAAAUCCAUGCAAUGUGCAUAAUAAAAAAGUACUAA